CAUUCAGACCCGCCUGCAGGUCGGAGCGCUGCGCUGCGUCCGGGCUACCGCAUGCGGCGGAAUCCGCUUCAGCUUCAGAGUUUCUCUUUCUCUCAAGCCCCCCCCAUCCCAACCCUCCACCCAUCCAGCCGACAAAACCUUCAGGGAGCUUUUAGCAUUUGUUCGGUCUGAGGUCUCUGGAAAACAUCUGAUUCGCUUUUUUUCUAACCAGUCCCAGAUGCGCCAUGCAGCGUGAGAGCGAGCGCGUCUGAGCGCGUCAGUGUGAGUUUUGUCAGCGCAUGAGAAUUAGGAGAGAAGAUCUGCAGGGGAGGGCAAGAGAAGAAGAGAAAGGAGAAGAAGAAGAAGAAGCGUCUGGACUUGUUUCUUCCCCCUGACUGUAACCUUUUCGGUAUGAACGCAGAUACGUGCGUCUCAUACUGCGACAUGACAUCCAUGGACUCUUAUUACAGCGCGUCUACUGCGCAGAGCAGAGACCAGGCGAAUCCUUUCAGGACUUUCCAGACCACCGAAACCAAAUACAGCCCCACGUUCAUUCCGGGUAAAGGCUCCCGGAGCCCUUUCCAGACAGAGUGCCAGUCACUGGACGGAACCGAGGAGAGCAACUUUAACAAAUACCAGCUCUUCAUGCAGCGGCCGACCUGCAAGACUCCACCCGAAGGCGGCAAGCUGCACCCGGACAGCGGACACAACGGGACGCUCAUCCCCUGCUACGGAAAAGACCACAGCGGCCUGACAGAGUCUGAGCUUCCGCCAAGUGUUGAUCCUCCUGGGAUGGAGGGCAGCUACCUGAACCUGAAGGAGCCCGUUGUGAAGGGGCCAAGCGAGCGUUCGGGGUCCGACCUUUCCAGCCCACUGGAGAAAAGCGAGGCGGAGAGCAACAAAGGCAAAAAGAGACGCAACCGCACGACAUUCACCAGCUACCAGCUGGAAGAGCUGGAGAAAGUUUUCCAGAAGACGCACUACCCAGACGUUUACGCUCGCGAGCAACUGGCGCUGAGGACGGACCUGACAGAGGCUCGGGUUCAGGUGUGGUUUCAGAAUCGCAGAGCCAAGUGGAGGAAGAGAGAACGUUUUGGCCAGAUGCAACAAGUGCGCACACACUUUUCCACUGCUUACGAACUCCCACUUCUCACUCGACCAGAAAACUAUGCACAGAUCCAGAACCCUUCGUGGAUCGGGAGCAGCAGUGCAGCCUCCCCGGUGCCAGGCUGCGUGGUGCCAUGCGACUCCGUCCCGUCCUGCAUGGCGCCUCACCCUCACGCUCCCGGAGGCGUCUCUGACUUCCUGGGCGUGCCCAGUCCAGGCAGCAGCCACAUGGGACAGACACACAUGGGCAGCCUGUUUGGGGGCGCCGGGAUCGGCGGGGGAAUCAACGGCUAUGACCUCAACGUUGAUCCCGAUCGCAAGUCGUCCAGCAUAGCUGCGCUGCGGAUGAAGGCCAAGGAACACAGCGCGGCCAUCUCCUGGGCGACAUGAUGGGACCCGCCCCGGUCCCCGCGAUGGCCUCAUCUCCGGAGCCGCCGUCAGUGAGCACUGAGAAGGAGGAGAGGGGGUUUUCCUGAGAGCACUAAUGAUAACACAAGUCAGAUGAAGAGGGGGAGACAGAGGAGAUAAGAGGGGCCAGAACAGCAGCUAAAGCAAGCCAGAUAACUGUGACAAGGAAUAUUCUGCAUUUAGACAGAAAUAUAGCUGUGUGACAAAAAACAGCAAUUAUUCACAUUCCU